AUGACGGACCUUGAAGGUGGCGGGACGGAGUCCAUCAAGGAUCUCUUGUCGUCGAAUGGAGGGAGGAAUACGUCGCUCUUCACCUCGAACCAACAACGAGGUGUCGGCGAGUUGCGUAGACUCGAGUACAGCAUGAUCAUGCCAGCAGCUCAGCUGCACCGCCGUAGGGAGCUACGACAACGAGAGCACCUUGCUGUCUCGGAUGGCAGGAAAGCAGCCACUAUGGACCCGAACACGCUGUCGGAUCAGUUCAACAAUCUGCGCAUCACUGGCCCAGGGCUCCCGCACAAGACACGCGACGACAUCGUUCACCUUGAAGCGGUGGCAGCAAUCAAGAGAACUUCAUGUCAGGAAGCAGCCGGCCGACUUGUCAACGGAGAUGUGGAUCGUCAGUCCAGUCAAGGAGAGACUGGGGCCCCAAAACCCUCUCUGAUCGUUUGCCUUCCUAUCGCUGUGGACGCAUUGGUCCUGGAGAAAGCCAAUCGCGCCAUCCGGAGCUUCCUUCACACGCAAUCCCAUGUUGCUAUACAACUCGGCCAUGACAUCUUCAUUCAACUCGACAAGGCCUCCUCGAAGAAAGGAUUGACGACGGCCGAAGCUGAACUCUACCAACGCAAGAAAUGCGCGAGCAAAGCCACGAAGAAGAGCAGACCUGCAGGGGUGUCAUGGUUGGCACCAGGCGUUGCGUUUCCCUUUCUGGGCUCGAUGAGAGACGCUACAGUUAGCAACAUCCAGGGAGCGUCGAGCGAUGACAAAAGCAACACCGACUCGGUUCCGGAGCUGUCUGCUCGCGAAGUCGUUCUGGGCACCACUGAACUGCUGGAGAACAUUCUCAUCCAUCUUCCACCUAACACGAUCCUGGUUUGCCAGAGAAUCUGCCGGACUUUCAAAAACUGUUACGGGUCUUCCAAGCAAUUGAAGUUGAAAACCUUUGAGAAGGUCCGCAAGAUUCUUCCGUAUCGGUAUCCCAAGUACCUUGUCAACAACGGGAGACCACGCCUGCCCUUCGCCAUGAAUCCCAACUUCUUCACCCUCGCGCCGAUCACGGUCCUCCGUCGGCCAGACACUCUCGUAUGGAGGUUGCAGGCACCGCUCGGUGUCGAGGAAAUGCUCUUCGCGAUGAGCUCAGAUGAAGCACCUGUGCUAUGUCUGCGCUUCAACGAUCAACGAGUCGAUACAUCUUGGCUGCGACCGUACAUCGGCUCGUGGACCAAACAGCACCUCACGGACCCCGCGUUUGCACUUAACGUUCGCCUGGCGUUCACCGAGACCAGAAGCGAGAACAGCGGCAAGCUUCUAGUCAAGAAGAGUGCAAUCGUUUCGUGGGAUCAAACUAUGUCUUACAUUGGGUAUCUUCUCCUCAUGUGCAGCAGAGUCAACGAGUUCCUGGUGAAUCGCCUCUUCACCCUUCCGGCGUAUUGUGCCGACCUGUGGGAGUACCUACUCAUGGAUAUAGAGGCGGACACCGAAGAGCAACCUCUCAUCAAUGCCAUGGAAGAGUCCGCGACGUUUCUGAGCUGCACUAUUGUGACACAACAGUUCCCAAGAAAACUGAACUAG